AUGGGAUUUUGGUUAAUAAAACAAAAAAAAAGGCAAAAAGAAGUAUAUACAAAGACUACUAGUGAGUGUCUCUCUAAUAAUGAGUCAGAUACUUCCGGUGUACAUCCUCUAGAUAAUGUGAGUAAAAUAUACCAUAUUAAAAAUGAAGGAAAACGAAAGAAGAGGACUAUUGAUAGCGAGGUUGCAUCACUAAGAGUAAUAUCUCGUACUGCAUCACGCGUAAAAUUAGCUGAAUCUUUAAGGCAACCAUUUUUAGACUAUUCUCCUGAGAAGCAUCCCCACAUUACAGAAGCAAAUAUAGAUCAACUUAUGUUUCUUGCAUCAGAUAAGUUGGCUGUAAAAAAUAGUGAAAUGAAAAAACUUAUUUUUAGUGAAAGGGUAAUGCUUCAGAAAAUGAGGGGGGUAUGUGUAUAUGUUAAGGCAAAAGUCCCUACAAUUGUUAGCAAAUAUAAACUCAAUGAAACAGAAGAUAAAGAUGGGGAUUUCGGAGCUAAGCAACUAAAUUUAGAAAAAUUUGCAGCACAAAAUCUUAAUUGUCAUCUAAAUGUAUUAGAAAAUGAAGCAAGAGAUAUUGAACUUGAUAUUACAAAUAUUCAUUCAAUAUUAAAUUUGUCAGGACUUGAAUUUAUCAAUGAAAACGAUGUAUCAGAAUUAAUAAAAAUUAGACGAAAAUUAUUACAUAUGAAAGAAGAACUUAUGUCACAAAUACCCAAUAUUUUACCUGAGUUUGUUGUAAAGGGUCUCCUUAACUUAGAUCCAAAUAAACUCAUAGGUAUGGUAUCUUUAUUGCUAUCUGCUAUCAAGGAAAAAUAUAGUGAUCCAAGCUUUUGGGCUACUAUAAUUCAUGAACUGUGGUUAUUUUUAAUUUUAUUUCAGCAUAGCUAUUUAAGAACUGCAGAUUUAACAACAGAAUUAUCCCUCCCCAGCUUAAGUGAUCCAACACAAAACAUUAAUGGAAAUAUUCAAAAAAGUCAAUCAUUCCCAGACUCUUUUACAGCAAUAAACUAUUUAUUGUGUGGCCUAGUUGAUACCAAAAUACCUGGUGCAAUUAGGUUACUUGUACGCCUUAAUGCAAUGUACUACUUUGAAUCUAGAAUUAAUGCGAUUAUACUAUUUUGUGAAUCUUCUACAAUGCUGUGGAUUGAUUACAUGAAAGUGGAAGCUCUAUAUAGCAAUAUGGAAGCUUUAAGAAUUUGUAUUACUGUUUUAUCAGAGACACAAGAUGUUGAUAUUCAGCAAAUAACUAUGAGAAUAUUUUUUAGUAAACUUACUUCAGUUAUAUUUUACCACAUAUUAACAUCCCCAUUAUUUUUAAUCCAUGAUAGACACAGUUCUAAAUUGAUCAUUGGAUAUAUUGAGUUUUUAAAUGAGUGUUUAUUAAUAGGACACUCAAAAGACUUGUUACUUAAACUAUCAGCUGAGCCUUUUAUGAUACCUUCCAUAGCUGAUUCUGUAUUUGGAGAAGGAUACAAAUUUUUUAAGUAUCUAGACUAUAACAAUUGCUAUAAUGAAAAAUGUCUUAAGUCAAACCUAGAUAACUCACUUUCUACAAGUGUUUCAAGUUUAACGUUGAACAAUAAGAUCGAACACAAUCACAUAAAAGAAACUAGUGACAAGGGUUUAAAUAUUUGGCAAGCCUUUGCUAUUUUGUGUAGUCCAAAGUAUAAGGAACCAAUUCUUCACUCAAGUUUAUUAAUGCUAAUAGAGAUCAUAUACUUUGCAUUUGUAUAUGAAAUACCUUGGAAUGAAAAAGACCUAAAAACACUAAUAAAGUCUGUUUCCAUUUUGCAUUCUCAUUUAAAAAAAACAACAAUGGAAACUGAGGUUGAAAGUUCGUUAAUACCUUUUUUAUUAGAAGAUGCUAGAAUGAUAAGAAAAUACCUCACUCAGUUAUACAGGGGACUAGAUAUCGAUCUAAUAAAACUACAAGAGUGGAUAACUGAUAGAAGAAUAAAAGAAAGUGCUUUGGAAAGUGCAGAUGAAUGUAGUAUAAAGGUACCAUGUUUCCAUCCAGAUUGUGUCAGAUUUACAGUCGGUUCAAGAGUCAAAAUAGGUGAGAAAUUGGAUGAAAAUUUAAAGCCUGAUAGUUAUGAGAUAGAUUUUAGAUAUUGCAAAAAUUGUUUAGUCGCAAGCUACUGCUCAAAUGCUUGUCAAAAGGCACAUUGGGAGUUGUCUCACUCCACUACUUGUGGGCUUAUGUCAAGACCUCCAGCAAGCAUUAUAUUUAAUUCAACAGUAAAUUGGCCACUUAGAAUUCAUAUUCAUUAUACAUCGCCUAAUUUAGUAGAGUCAGAUUCUAUAUCUUAUAUUCAAGACAAAUAUUUUGAAUAUUUACAUAACAAACUAGCAUUAGUAGUGUUUUUCGACAUAUGUUUCCUAUCAAUACCAUACCAGCUAUCAGAUAUUCCAACAAGUGAAGGCUCAUACUCAUGUGGCUUAAGACAAUGCACAAGGGAGGAGUGCAUAAACAAUCUAGAACAAGGUAAAAAUAAACCAUAUAAUGGUAGAGAAUUUGAGAAAAAACGACGUAUAAUCAUGUACAAAGUGUUGCACAAUGAUGACAAGCUACAAAUUCCAUUAGUAAACGAUCAAAAAUAUACGUAG